AUGAGCGCAGUAUGGACGCCGAUGCAGAACAAGCUGUUCGAGCAGGCGUUGGCAGUGCACGAUAGGGACACGCCCGACCGCUGGCACAACAUCGCCCGCGCUGUCGGCGGCGGCAAGUCGGCGGACGACGCCAGGCGCUACUACGAGCUGCUCGUCCACGACAUCGCCCGUAUCGAGGCCGGCAAGGUGCCCUUCCCCGCCUACCGUCCCCCUUGUCCUGGCCCCGGCCACAACGCCAGCUACGAGGCUGACAGGUACGACCUCCAUCGCUGUGUUUCUUAUAGUUAUGCAUGGGCUUAA